GUUACUGUUGCCGGUACACCGUAAAAAUAUGUAAACACAAAGAAAAAUAACCGAAUUUCAUUUCACUGCAGAUGAAAUUGUUUACACAGACCCAGUUCACGUGCAGCAUUGUUCUACAUAAAUGUAAUAAAACUUUGCUUGACGAACUCAAUCACGAGUAAAAGUAUAACAGACCCAGUCCAAAUAAUAAGAUUGUCGUUAUCAUCAAUUGACAUUUUUUUCCAUUAUUUACGUUUCCCUGAGAAUAAAUUAUACUGUUUGCCUCUCGUGUUUGUCUCACAUAGAAACUCGUUCCGAAACGAUCUAAUGGCUUCAAUCCUUUCGUGCCGUAUUUUUCCACGAUUCUAAAAUGCAAAUGUGCAUGUAUCAAUCAGUUGAGAAAAAAAAACAUAUGAAAUAAACAUAUAUAUUCCACUGAGGUCGGCAAAAACGUGCCCAACUAUUUUUGGAAUGCUGUGAAUAUUUCCACAGUCCGAUUGCAUGUCGAUUCCACAUUAAAGCAAUGAUUGAACAAAUUACAACAAUUAAAAAUUACUUUCAGUUGAGCAAAUCCUGUUAAUAGGCUAAAACUGAUUAUUUCACCUGCAACACUGAUAUAAUGCAAUCGAUAUAAUGCUCACACAAAUUCGGAAUAGUUUGAAAACUAAUUAUCCAUCGAAAUGUUUGCGUUAAUAAGCGUCUGAAAGUAGUUAAACAUCGGCAUCAUUUGAAACUUAAAUUCCGCAUCUAUUAAGCCGCUUCAAGCGCACCGGCAAUAUUCAAAUAAUUUAUGUGGAUUGGAUUAAGUGUGAUUUCAAUAGGUGACUCGAUGAACAUGUUACAAUCAUGAUAAAACGUUCAUGUUUCACAUGUUUUCUAAAGUCAACCGACUCAGUCGUUAACACGCCCAAAAACUUAUAGAUUAACUCGAUCUGGAGUUGUAGUGCUAGGAGAUAGCGUGACAGAGAAAUGAGCGCACUGUAGCACGUGUGUGUAAGGAACGUUGUUAUUAAUCAAAUCAAAACCACUUCUCUAAGCCAAUAUUGUUCUACGCUCAAACAUCUGUUAUUCGGUGAAUAUAGUUGAUAAUAGGACACAGUUGUGUAAUUUCAUCGAUGAUUGGGUGUACAGUACACAUUAGACGAAUAGUUUUGCUCCAAAAUACCGCCGUUCAUCAGUUUCAUGAUAACUGCCUGCCGUACUGUAUCCAAAAUUCAACUAUCAACAAACAUUUGGUCACACAGUUAAAAAUUAAAACAAAAUCAUUGUGAGAUCAUUGGCUAUGUAUAUCGUGUACAAUGUACAUACAGAGCAUGCUUCCAAAGUCCAUAGCCUACAAACCGAAAUAUAAAAUUCAAGGUCUUCUUCAUUUAUGUUCACUAUCACAGCAUAUAGGAACAAUUUGGUUUUUUGUCAUAUAUGUUCAUCGGAGUCAAUCAAAAACCAGUUUGAAAAAUAAAAAACGAUGACGUCUGCGCUUGGAUGAUCUCUAGUGCAUGACGUGCAGCACGUAUACUUUGACAAUUUACAUAAGUCUAACGAAAACAAAGGCCACAAAAUACAAAGCAAAUCUGUAGAUAAAUGACAUUUUACGUGCAAAUCAAAAUCGCUUCUAUUUUUGUUUUAGCAAAAUGAGGUGUUUAAUCGCAAUACAGUGUAUUGAACGUGCAUUGAAAACAAAAAUACGCAAUUUUAAUCACAACAAAACCCAAACAUUGAUUAUUUCUGUUAUUUCUUUUUUUUAUUCGCUUGUUUUGUUGCAACAAUCCAGGCCAUUUAACAAUGAUAGCGGUUUUUUUUUCAAAAUCAUAAAUAGUAGGUAUCAUUUUUAUUGCUCACUUCGCUCAGCACUUCACAUUUCUUAGCACAAGCAGAUUAUGUCUACAGCGAUUGGCUUUUUACAACAAAACAGAUCAAAUUUCCCAGUGUGUCCCGCCAUUUCUAGUGUGCAUUUGAUAAUCAAUAUUCAAAUAUACAAACAUACAAACAAAUGGAAUUUGAACUCCAAUAAUUACAUUAUUUUCCAGAGAAUAUUAGUAUUUAUAAUCGCAUUUCAUUUGAAGCACCACAGGUUUCACUUUGUUUUCGAGUCAAACAGUUCAAGCUAGUUAACGACAAUUCUUUUCUGUCAUGAAAUACAGAAUAAUUAAAAGAUCUUUCAAAAAAAAAAACGCUCACAACGAAUGAUUACAAUAACAAUAAGCAUAUCUAAUUAUACUCAUAAUUAUGAGUAAUAAGCAAUGAAGCAGCAGCACUUAUUUUAAGCGAAACCGCGAAUGAAUUAAUAAGUUUUGCCCCACCUUAUACUUUUUUUGUGAUAUCAAGUGACAAACAAAUCUGAAAUUGCUUAUACAAGGGACGACCGUCUUUAGAUGGUUCACAAAGUUUAGAAUAUUUUUUUGUAAUUCAUAAUCGCCGUGUUUUUUCUAAUAAUGUAACAGGAAAAUGAUGUUUAGAUAACAACAUUUAGGGAAACAAAUAUAUCAGUUAAAAAAUAUUAUCUUGGGCAUGUUGAUAGCGACAAAAACGACAUUUCUCGUGAAAAAUUUCUCCGCGAAUCGUUUUAUUACACAUCAUUCGGUACACAUGCUCUUGCACUGUGAAGUGUUUUGACAUUGAAAUACUUAAAGUACAUGAUAUGCUAUCGGGUGGUGUGUGGAAUAACCGGACGCUCGUACACCUACUCUCGUCUGCGCGAUCACUCGGCGGCGUUUGCCGUCAAUUUGAGUUCCAAACUGAAUUUGCAAAUCGGUGAUGUGAUUGCGGUGUGUCUACCAAAUAUGCCGGAGUUUCCGAUUGCUGCUUUGGGUGCCAUUGAAGCUGGUUUGGUUUUAACAACGAUAAAUCCAACUUACACUGCCGAGGAAAUUCAACGCCAAUUGGAAGCCAGCAAUUCAAAGGCAAUCAUCGGAACGCCAAACACAUUUGCGACGAUUAACGAAGCCGUUAAAAAUAGCAAAAAAGAUAUUAAAAUCAUCUGCAUCAAGACCGAAGCAGACCAGUCAUUUCCGAGCGGUGCAAUCAAUUUUGCUGAUUUAAUUGACACAAACAAUGUUGAUUUCAGCUUGUUGCGUCCACAUAAGCGGCACCCGGAUGACAUGGCAUUCCUACCAUUCUCAUCUGGAACCACAGGUUUGCCGAAAGGAGUCAUGCUAUCGCACAAUAAUAUUGGAGUAAAUUGCGAGCAAAUUGGAGUCAAAAUUGGAGACUCGACCAUAGUUAGACCGACAACCACUGAGUACCAAGAUGUUUCGCCGUCGGUCCUACCAUUCUUCCACAUUUACGGCUUCACCGUUUUGAUGAUAUCGAAACUCGCACUUGGCGCUAAAAUUGUCACAUUGCCUGAAUUCAAGCCAAACACAUUCCUUGACUCGAUUAGAAAUCACAAAGCGACUCUUUUGCACGUUGUGCCACCCAUCUUGAUUUACUUGGGACAGCAUGAUGGAGUGAAUCCAAAGGAUUUGGAAUGUGUUCGCGCUGUGAUGAGCGGAGCAGCUCCAUUGGGUGCACUAGAUGUUGAACAGUUUUUCCAAAAGGCGCCGAAUACAAACAUUGUUCAAGGUUAUGGAUUAACCGAGACAUCACCAGCAGCACUGUUAAAUAUGCCUGGCAACUCGAAAUAUGCUUCAGUUGGGGUUCCAGCCUCUGCCACACGCUGUAAGAUUGUGGCUGUUAAUGAUUCUACCGGAGUUGGUUUGCAGGCGAAUCAAACGGGUGAACUCUGGGUGAAAGGACCACAGAAUAUGAUCGGGUAUCUCAACAAUAAGAAAGCCACCGACGAAAUGCUUGUCGAUGGAUGGAUCCGCACCGGAGACAUUGCAUACUAUGACGACGAUGGUUUCUUCUACAUAACCGAUCGUCUUAAAGAACUCAUCAAAGUCAAAGGCUUCCAAGUAGCGCCGGCCGAGCUGGAAGAAAUUCUCCGCAGCCAUCCAGAAAUUACAGACGCGGCCGUUGUAGGUGUUACGCAUGCUAAAACUGGCGAAGCACCACGGGCAUUUGUCAUUAAACGACCCGAUAGCAAAAUUACUGAAAAUGACAUCCAGAAAUUUAUGUCACAAAAAGUAGCUGAUUACAAACAACUACAUGGUGGUAUCCAAUUCUUGGAAACAAUCCCGAAAAAUGCAACCGGAAAAAUUAUGCGACGCGAGAUCAAAUUGAAGUAUUGCCAAUGAAAUUGAAAAUUGUUUAAUACUAUCAACAGUUUAUUUCCAUGCUUUAUUUUUACAUGUAUGUUAAAGUUAAAAUCAUUAAAAAUAAGUGAAUUUUUAUGACUUCGGUGUGUCUUUAUCAACUUAACUUUUUAUGAAAAUGUGAUUAUUAAUUAAAAACAAAUUGAGAUGUCUUUACGAAAUGAACGCAUAUUUUUAUAUGACCAUUUUUACUGUUUACUAAUAAAUAUAUAGGGCGCACACACGAACA